AUGGACCGACCAAUAGGGGCCGCUCCCGCAUUCGGACCAUCAUGGUCUUCCAUCAAUACACCCUUGUCGCCCUGGAUCACGGAAGUGAUUGACCAAAUGGGGUUCAGCAAGAUGACACCAGUCCAAUCUGGUACAAUUCCCCGAGCGAUCAAAAAUCAAGAUUGUGUGGUUGAAGCUGUCACCGGAUCAGGAAAGACUUUAUCUUUUGUCAUUCCCGUCUUGGAGAGGAUAAGUAGGAAAGAGAGUCGAUAUAAGAAGGGCGAAUUGGCAGCUGUGAUUAUUGCUCCCACAAGAGAAUUGGCUACUCAGAUACACGAUGUUUUCCAUCAUUUCCUAUCUUCCCUCAUCCCUAAACCUGACCCAGAACUCGAUGGUGAAAACCAGUCAUCGCCUCCACCAACUCCUACAGAGCCACUAUACCCCCUUCCUAUCCUCGUUACAUCUGGUACACCAACACCGUACGAAACUUUCCUCUCACUCGGCUCAAAUAUCCUGAUAGGAACACCAGGUCGACUGGCUUCGUUCCUCCUCUCUCCUAGGGGUAUGUCCGUGGUGAAAGUUUCAGAAUUGGAUGUACUGGUAUUAGAUGAAGCAGACAGGCUAUUAUCUAGUCCAGAUCACCGAAGGGAUGUUGAGAGGAUCAUGAGACAUUUACCUAAACAGCGUAGAACACAUUUGUUCUCUGCGACUAUGACGGAUGCGGUUGAAGAGAUCAUUGGUCUAGGUCUGAGAAAUCCCGUCAGGAUCGUGGUUAAUCUGAAAGAGCAGAAGAGAGGCGAAGAGGUCAAGGAAAGGAGGACACCUACUGCAUUGCAAAACACACAUCUGAUAUGUCGACAGGCAGAAAAGACUUUACAGCUUAUCAGACUUCUUCGAUCUGAAGUCAACAAGAAUGAAGCUGCCAAGUUCGUGGUAUUCUUCUCCACUUGUGCUGCUGUAGACUACUUUUACCGAAUCCUAUCACGUCUCUCACCCCUAUCCUCAUACCACCUAACCUCCUUACACGGUGAUCUCCCACCUCGAAUUCGAGAAACGGCUUUGUCCAAUUUCGUCAAUCACCCUUCUUCGCACCUCUCACCGGCCGUAUUACUAUGUACCGACGUAGCUGCUCGAGGGGUCGAUUUCCCAGAUAUAGAUGUCGUCAUUCAGUAUGAUCCUCCGACGGAUCCUAAGAGUUUUUCCCAUCGGGCUGGAAGGACAGCAAGAGCAGGCAGGAGAGGCAAAGCUGUUGUGUUAUUGGGUAAAGGGAGGGAAGAGGAUUAUAUUGAUUUCUUGGCUGUACGGAAGAUCCCUCUGACUAAACAAGGAUACUUGAAUUCGGAAUUAGAAGAGUCAGAAACACCUUCAUCGCUCGAUCAAGGUGCUUUGGAGCUAUUAGCGCAGAUUAGGAAAUCGAUAUUGACAGAUAGAGAAUUAGCAGAUAAAGGUGCAAAAGCAUUCGUAUCCUCCCUAAGGGCAUAUACCAAACAUGAAGCGUCCUUUAUAUUCAGGUUACAAGAUAUUGAUUUUCAUGGAUUGGCAAUUGCGUACGGCUUAUUGAGAUUACCUGCUAUGCCCGAAAUCAAAGAUUGGAAGAAGAGGAGGGAAAUCGAAUUGAGGAGAAUGCAGAAGAUCAAAGAAGAUGGUGGGGAUGUGGAAGAGAAAGAGAAAGAAUGGUUAGAUUGGAAAGAUGAGGAAGUUGAUUGGGAUAAAUUCGCAUACGCUUCCAAAUCCAGAGAAACGGCUCGAUUACUAGCCCUCGAGAAGAAAUCCAACGAAUCUGCUAAAAGUGAAAAAGAGUUGGAAGAAAUUAGAGCCAAGAGAAAGAUAAAAUCUCAAAUGAGAGAAGCUUGGUCAGAGCAGAAAGAACGUAAAGUGAAGAAAGAGGAGAGACACGAUAAGCGAGAUAAGAGGAAACAAGCUCAGUGGGAAGCUCAACAAGCUGAGAAUUCAGAAAGUACAGUGGGACCAAUAGAGAGUUUGAGAGCAAGUAAGAAACAGAAAAAACAAAGUCAUAAUGAUGAGGAGAAUGGUGAUGAGCAAGAUGUAGGAGGAACUGAAUGGAAAUCUCUUCAGAAAGAGAUACAGUCCGAGAAGAAAGAGAAGAAAAAGAAGAUGGAGUUGAAUAAUGGUGGAGGGAUGUUCGAUGAUUUGGACUAG